GGGGAGGGGGGGUUCUCGGCCGCAGUGGGGCUAGCCGGCUGCGGCAGCCUUCCGAGCGCGGAGCGGUCUCUGUCUCCCACGUGCCCCAAUUGGGAUUGUGGCCCUGGCACACUGGGCUAUGGGAAGGGCUGUGUGGGUGGAGGCCCCAGUCUUGGGAUAGCGCCGGACCCCUCCCCUGUCCUGAACGCUGAGCCAGCACCAUGCACGGGCGCCUGAAAGUGAAGACCUCAGAAGAGCAGGCAGAAGCUAAAAGGUUAGAGCGGGAGCAGAAGCUGAAGCUCUACCAGUCAGCCACCCAAGCUGUCUUCCAGAAGCGCCAAGCUGGUGAGCUGGAUGAAUCAGUACUGGAACUAACAAGCCAGAUUUUGGGAGCCAACCCUGAUUUUGCCACCCUCUGGAACUGCCGGCGAGAGGUGCUCCAGCAACUGGAGGCCGAGAAGACUCCGGAGGAGUUGGCUUCUCUGGUGAAGGCGGAACUGGUCUUCCUCGAGAGCUGCCUGCGUGUGAACCCUAAGUCCUAUGGAACCUGGCACCACCGCUGCUGGCUGCUGGGCCGCCUGCCUGAGCCCAAUUGGGCCAGAGAGCUGGAGCUGUGUGCCCGCUUCCUGGAGGUGGAUGAACGGAAUUUUCAUUGCUGGGACUAUCGGCGGUUUGUGGCUGCACAGGCAACUGUGCCCCCUGCAGAGGAGCUAGCCUUCACUGACAGUCUCAUCACCCGAAACUUUUCCAACUAUUCUUCCUGGCAUUACCGCUCCUGCCUCUUGCCCCAGCUGCACCCCCAGCCAGACUCUGGCCCACAAGGGCGCCUCCCUGAAGAUGUACUGCUCAAAGAGCUGGAGUUGGUACAGAAUGCCUUCUUCACUGACCCCAAUGAUCAGAGUGCCUGGUUCUAUCACCGUUGGCUCCUGGGCCGAGCUGAGCCCCAAGAUGCGGUGCGCUGCCUACAUGUGAGCCGGGAUGAGGCCUGUCUGACUGUCUCCUUCUCUCGGCCCCUCCUGGUGGGCUCUGGGACAGAGACGUUGCUGCUCGUGGCUGAUGAGUCGCCCCUGAUUGUGGAGUGGAGAACCCCAGAUGGCAGGAACAGGCCCAGCUAUGUCUGGCUUUGUGACCUGCCUGCUGGCUCUCUCAACGACCAGUUGCCCCAGCAUACAUUUCGGAUCAUUUGGACAGCAGGUGAUGCCCAGAAGGAGUGUGUGCUUUUAAAAGGCCGCCAGGAGGCCUGGUGCCGGGACUCAGCCACCGAUGAACAACUGUUCAGGUGUGAGCUGUCAGUGGAAAAGUCCACAGUGCUGCAAUCUGAGCUCAAAUCCUGUAAGGAGCUACAGGAGCUGGAGCCUGAAAAUAAAUGGUGCUUGCUCACCAUCAUCCUCCUGAUGCGGGCGCUGGACCCACUCCUGUAUGAGAAGGAGACGUUACAGUACUUUCAGACCCUCAAGGCUGUGGACCCCAUGCGAGCUGCCUACCUGGAUGACCUGCGCAGCAAGUUCUUGCUGGAGAACAGCGUGCUCAAGAUGGAGUACGCAGAGGUGCGCGUGCUUCAUUUGGCUCACAAGGAUCUGACAGUGCUCUGCCAUCUGGAACAGCUGCUCUUGGUUACCCAUCUUGACCUGUCACACAAUCGUCUCCGAGCCCUGCCCCCUGCCCUGGCGGCUCUGCGCUGCCUUCAGGUACUGCAGGCCAGUGAUAAUUCCAUAGAAUCUCUGGACGGUGUGACUAACUUGCCAUGGCUGCAGGAGUUGUCACUAUGCAACAACCGCCUUCAGCAGCCUGCAACACUCCAGUCUCUUUCCUCCUGCCCCCGGCUGGCCCUCCUCGACUUGCAGGGCAACCCACUAUGCCAAGAAGGGGGCAUCUCAGAGCACCUGGCCGAGCUGUUGCCUUCAGUUAGCAGCAUCCUCACCUGAGGGGCUCUGCCCUCUGCCCCUGCCUUUUUAACUUAUUGGGACUGAAUAAAGAAUGGAGAGGCCACCUCAGGCUGCCGC